GUUUAUUUGAAGUUCAGAAACAGACAGAUUCAGACGUCUCGAUCCUUAAGUUUUAAGACUUUAUUUUUAGAAAUGAAGCAGUAUAUCGCAGUUCUAUUAGUUUUAGCCGUUACGGUUAGUGCAUUGCCACAACGACAUAAACAAUACGGAAGACCUCAACAUGGUCAUGGUCAUGGUCAUGGUCAUGGACAUGGGGGACAUGGAGGGGGUCCCGGGGGACAUUAUGGAGGGGGUCCGGGGGGACAUUAUGGAGGGGGUCCUGGUGGAUUUGGAGGUGCACCGGGUGGGGGUUUUGGAGGGUCAGCAGCUAAUGCAAAUGCUGGAUCACAGAGCUUUGGAGGGGGUGGAUUAGGUGGGGGAUUUGGUGGGUCAGCAGCUAAUGCAAAUGCAGGAUCACAGAGCUUUGGAGGGGGUGGAUUAGGUGGGGGUUUUGGAGGGUCAGCAGCUAACGCAAAUGCAGGAUCACAGAGCUUUGGAGGGGGUGGAUUAGGUGGGGGAUUCAGUGGAUCAGCAGCAAAUGCAAAUGCAGGAUCACAAAGUCUUGGAGGUGGUUUAGGUGGUGGAAGUGCUUCAGCUGCAAAUGCAGCUUCUCAGUCAUUCAAUUUUAAUACUCCAUUCGGAUCAUUCAGUGGUUCAGCCAGUAACGCAUUCUCAAACUCACAGAGCAUCGGAAAAUAAAUUUGAGAACUGGAUUAAAUUUUGAUAAAAGACUUCUCAAUAGAAAAUAGCCAAAAUGUUCAAAACCUCACAGAAAAAAUGUGAAAAAAAUACUUAAUGUGAUGUUAAUCGUGAAUUUUUGUAUCAAAAAAUUAUAAAUAAACAACGUGGAUGAAGUUGUUGUUGAAAAGUUUAAUUGGAGCUCAUUAUAGGCAUACUUAAGUGAAAAGGCAUUAAAUAGGAUUACGAGGCUUAUAAAAUGUCGACGUUGUUGUUAUUUUCAGGUGGAAUGAAUUUUGUUUUGUACCAAAAAUCAAUUUUAUUAUUCAGCAAAGAAGCUAGUUCCUUCAAGUGAUAUUAGAUCUUCUCUUACCCUUCCCGAGAGUUGAUGAAAAUUUAUUACUUUAAAAUGUGAUGAACUGAAUUUAAUAAAGUUUCAUGAUGCAGC